AAAAGUGGGCUGUUUUGCACUUUAAACCAGAGCUUCUACUUCCUCCUCCCUGUGCUGGCUGUAAUAUCAGACAGCUGAAGUCCUGAUAUGCGGUUCAGGACACUGGCGGCGAGUGCAUGCACUCUCGGUGCUCUCGGAGCUGCUGUCGCGCAUAAACUCGUUCCUACAGCCUGGUUUCACUCCGCUCUAAGGAAAUCAUCUCUGGUGGAACAGUCAGAUAUGAAGGUCGAACUGCUUCCUGCUCUCACCGACAACUACAUGUACCUCCUCAUCGAUGAAGACACCAAGGAGGCAGCCAUAGUCGAUCCAGUAGAGCCCCAGAAAGUUGUAGAUGCGGUCAAAAAGCAUGGCGUGAAGCUCAAAACUGUCCUGACCACUCAUCAUCACUGGGAUCACGCUGGAGGAAAUGAGAAGCUGGUGAAGCUCAUGCCGGGACUGACAGUGUACGGAGGAGAUGACAGAGUGGGAGCUUUAACUCAGAAAGUCACACACUCCAACACUUUCAAAGUGGGCUCUCUGAAUGUAAAGUGUUUGUUUACGCCGUGUCACACCACCGGCCACAUCUGCUAUUUUGUAACAAAAGAAAACAGCACCGAACCACCGGCUGUGUUUACGGGAGAUACCCUGUUCGUGGCCGGCUGCGGGAAGUUUUUUGAGGGUACCGCUGAUGAGAUGUACAAAGCCCUGAUCGAGGUUUUAGGCCGUCUUCCUCCAGAGACGCGUGUGUACUGUGGGCACGAGUACACCAUCAAUAAUCUGAAAUUUGCGCGGCAUGUCGAGCCAAAAAAUGAGGCUAUCCGGACAAAGUUGGCAUGGGCUAAGGAAAAAUACGAUAACGGAGAGCCGACCAUUCCUUCUACGGUGGCUGAUGAGUUCACAUUUAACCCCUUCAUGAGAGUGAGAGAGAAGUCGGUACAGGAGCAUGCUGGGACCAGUGACCCGAUUGAAGCCAUGAGAAGUAUCCGUAAGGAGAAGGACAGCUUUAGAGUCCCGAAGAAUUGAGUUUUUGGGCUUGUCUUUGUGAUGGUCAUCACUACUACGCUCAUCGUUUCACUAACAAUAGCAGGACAUGAGGCACAUGCAUAAACUCUGUUGCUUUUUACACAUGCUUCAUUUAUAUCAAAAGCACAAUUUUUGGGCUGCGUAUCAUCUUCAAUGAGCAAUACACAGGAUUGUUAACCUGCAAAACAAUGCAUUUAAAUCAUUGUUACAAGCAAUAGAUCAAACAAAAACAGAUGUUUUCAUCGUUAAAAAAAUACAUUAAUGCCGUCAAUUUGCAUUUAAAAAAAAUACAAAUGUACUAGGUCUGUGCUGUAGGCCAAAUUUUAUUUGUGCAAGUUUUAUUUUUGGAAAGGAUCCAGGCCAUGUCUGAACCAAUGUUGUGUGGUUAAAUUAUAGUUUUAUUUCAGAAUGUCUUAAUGUGCAAUGUUGUUUUGUAAAUCCAAAAUAAUUAUUUUUAAGAUGUUGACAAAGCGAGGUGUUCCAGCUAAAUUUAAUUUGGUGUGUUUUAAUGUCCAUAAGAAAAUUGCAUUUGAUUGAACUGCAUUUAUUUUCAUGUUUCUGAAUGAUUUUGAAUGUAGAAAAUAUUGAACACUGCAUACUUGUUUUAGCUUUUCGUCUUGUUUCAGCCAAUCUUGCACUAGUCAUCAGAAGUAACAGAGAAGAUUUAAUUAUGAUCAUACAAACUGAAUAAAGUUUUAAUAUAAAUGUU